CCAGGGUUGCCAUGGAGACGAGGAGGCUGACGGCGUCCUAGUGAGAGCGGUGAUUGGUGCAGAACCCUGCAAAUCCUGGGAAGGCCUGCAGAGAAUUGACAAAAAUGUGGUGGGGGGCAUGCGCUGUCUGGAAGGUGGUGCUGCCAUCCAUUGCCCCCCGAGAGGAUUGCGCACAUCGACGGGGCCCUGACGCCUGGAUUCGAGACGGGGAGUGUGGGAAGAGACGGCCAGGAGUGCGACCUGAUCGCUGCGACCAGCGCAAUCCCCUGGGGACUGGAAGAAGGGGACAGACACUGGCCUGAGACCUGAUCUGGUACUCCUGAUGAGACCCACUGUGCUGGGCUCCCCAGGCCGUGCACCCCCAGAAAAUGAGCCGGUUGUGGUGAAGCUGGAGGACUCUGAGGAGGAGGGAGAAGGCACUCUGUGGGACCCGGGCCCUGAGGCUGCACGUCUACGCUUCCGGUGCUUCCGAUACGAAGAGGCAAUUGGUCCUCAGGAAGCCCUGGCCCAGCUCCGAGAGCUGUGUCACCAGUGGCUUCGCCCAGAGGUACACUCCAAGGAGCAGAUGCUGGACCUCUUGGUGUUGGAACAGUUUCUAGGUGCACUGCCUCCUGAGAUCCAGACCCGUGUGCAAGGGCAGUGGCCAGGCAGCCCUGAAGAGGCUGCUGCCUUGGUUGACAGCCUUCAAUGGGAGCUGGAUGGGCCUCGGAAAUGGGUCACCGUCCAGGUCCAGGGAAAGGAGGUCCUAUCAGAAAAGAUGGAACCCUCCAGCUUCCAGCCUAUACCUCACAUCAAGCUCCAAACUCCAGAGCCUGGGGCUGAAACUCCCCCUGGGGUCAUGCAGGAAUUGCCGGUGGACCUUCAAAUGAAAGAGGAGACAGAGGUGAUGGAGAAUCCAGAGCUCCUGGAGUCUGGGCCUCCUCCUCCUGCCCAAGAGGCGACAGCUGCUCUCCUACCUAAGGAGGCCCAGGGUCAUGGGACAGCACUGGACCAGACCUCUCCUCACAGCGACACUGAGCCUGAUGUGCCCCCAUGGAGUGAGGACCCUGUGGCCCUGUGGCAUGAGGAAGUAGGGGGCAUCUUCUCACCAGGGUUUGCGCUGCAGAUGGACAGCAUCGCGGCAGAGUCAGAUACGGUGAGCCCCCACCUCCAUGUUCCCUGGGAUCUCGACAUGGCUAGCCUCUCUGGACAGAUGCAGUCCCCCUCCCGAGAAGGAGGCUUCGCCCAUGCCCUCGCACUCCCCAGCGACCCAGAAGGUGAACAGGACUUUGCCUGCGAGGAUCCCUGCCCCGGUGUGGGCCCAACACUGGUGGCGACUCGCUGGCAUGCCCCAAAGGGCCGGAGCCGGGGCCGCCCUAGCACCGGGACCGGAGCGGUCCGAGGCGGCCGCUGCGACGUGUGUGGCAAGGUGUUCAGCCAGCGAAGCAAUCUGCUGCGGCACCAGAAGAUCCACACGGGCGAGCGACCGUUCGUGUGCGGCGAGUGCGGCCGCAGCUUCAGUCGCAGCUCUCACCUGCUGCGCCACCAGCUCACGCAUACUGAGGAACGGCCUUUCGUGUGCCGCGACUGUGGCCAGGGCUUCGUGCGCAGCGCGCGCCUGGAGGAGCACCGGCGGGUGCACACGGGUGAGCAGCCGUUCCGAUGCGCCGAGUGCGGCCAGAGCUUUCGGCAGCGCUCCAACCUGCUGCAGCACCAGCGCAUCCACGGCGAUCCGCCCGGCCCUGCGCCCCCCACCCUGCCCCUCCCCGGAGUCCCCGAACCCCCGGGCCCCUUCCCGUGCAGCGAGUGCUGUGAGAGCUUCCCACGACGCGCCGUGCUGCUGGAACACCAAGCGGUGCACACUGGGGACAAGUCGUUUGGGUGCGUGGAGUGCGGCGAGCGCUUCGGCCGCCGCUCGGUGCUGCUGCAGCACCGGCGCGUGCACAGCGGCGAACGGCCCUUCGCCUGCGCUGAGUGCGGCCAGAGCUUCCGGCAGCGUUCCAACCUCACCCAGCACCGGCGCAUCCACACCGGCGAGCGGCCCUUCGCCUGCGCCGAGUGUGGCAAAGCCUUCCGCCAGCGGCCCACGCUCACGCAGCACCUGCGUGUGCACACGGGCGAAAAGCCCUUCGCCUGCCCCGAGUGCGGCCAGCGCUUCAGCCAGCGACUCAAGCUCACGCGCCACCAGAGGACCCACACGGGCGAGAAGCCCUACCACUGCGGUGAGUGCGGCCUCGGCUUCACGCAGGUGUCUCGGCUCACUGAGCACCAGCGCAUCCACACCGGCGAGCGGCCCUUUGCUUGCCCCGAGUGCGGCCAGAGCUUCCGGCAGCAUGCCAACCUCACCCAGCACCGGCGCAUCCACACCGGCGAGCGGCCCUACGCGUGCCCUGAGUGUGGCAAAGCCUUCCGCCAGCGGCCCACGCUCACGCAGCACCUGCGCACCCACCGGCGCGAAAAGCCCUUCGCCUGCCAGGACUGCGGCCGCCGCUUCCACCAGAGCACCAAGCUCAUUCAGCACCAGCGUGUGCACAGCACUGAGUAGGUCAAAACACCGCACAAGGUUGUGAGGCUGGGCAUCGCCCAACAGGCGCGCCCGGGGCCUGGUCUUCAGUAGGUGCUCAAUAAAUAGUAGAUGAUGCC